UUAAGAAAAUCAUCUAUCUUGCAGCCUGCGUAGAAAUAACUUGAGAGGUGCAUGAGAAUUUGUGAGGGGCUUACGACCAGCCAAACCUGGGGUUUUAGCUGGCUUAGUGUAAGAGUCUCAUGACUUUCUCCAUCAUUUCAUACCAUCUCUGUUUUUGAAUUCAGGGACUAUGGAUAAAAACACAUUUUUGCACAAGAGGAAGAAAAGAAAGGAAGUGUUAUUUUAUAUCGCCUUAGUGCUACUCCUCACAUACAGUGCGGUCCACUUAAUAUUCAAAGUUGCAGCAACUUCUCGAGAGCUUAGUUCUCCUAGAAUUCGCCGGGAUUUGGAAAAUGAAACGCAAUGCGUACAACCACAAUCUUCGGAAUUUCCAGAAGGGUUCUUCACCAAACAGGAAAGGAAGGACGGCGGGAUUAUUAUAUAUUUUAUUAUUAUUUUUUACAUGUUUCUGGCUGUGUCGAUUGUCUGCGAUGAUUACUUCCUGCCGUCUCUCGAGCUUAUCAGUGAACGUCUCGGACUUUCUCAAGACGUCGCGGGUGCAACUUUUAUGGCUGCGGGCAGCUCAGCACCAGAGCUGGUCACCGCAUUUUUAGGAGUGUUUGUCACAAAGGGAGACAUUGGGAUCAGCACUAUAGUGGGUUCUGCAGUCUACAACCUUCUUGGUAUUUGUGCAGCCUGUGGUCUCCUUACCUCUGUGGUUGGACGGCUUACCUGCUGGCCUUUGUUCCGAGACUGCAUUGCAUAUGCGAUAAGCGUUGCAGCUGUGAUUGCCAUUAUCUCAGAUAACAAGGUGUACUGGUAUGACGCAGCAUGCCUGUUGCUGGUGUACGGGGUGUACAUAGUCGUGCUGUGCUUCGACUUUCGCAUCAACGGCUACAUGAUGCGCAAGUUCAGCCCCUGCUGUGGCUGUCUGACGAAGUCCAUGGAGGACAGCGGAGAGCAGCAGCCCCUGAUUGGCUGGAACGAGCAGAACAGCAUGCUGACACACCAGCGCUCUAGGACCGACAGCGGAAUAUUCCAGGACGACUCAGGCUACUCCCACCUCUCCCUCAGCCUGCACGGACUCAACGAGAUUGCAGAGGCAGAUCAUCGUAGUGUCUUCGCCAUGCCAGAGAACGACCUGAAGAGAAUCCUGUGGGUGCUGUCGCUGCCAACCAUCCUGCUCCUGUACCUGACCGUGCCAGACUGCCGAAGAAGGUUCUGGAAGCGCUGCUUCAUGCUGACAUUCUUUAUGUCUGCACUGUGGAUCUCAGCUUUCACCUACAUACUUGUCUGGAUGGUCACUGUAGUGGGAGAAACGCUGGGAGUUCCGGACACGGUGAUGGGCCUGACACUCUUGGCAGCCGGCACCAGCAUCCCCGACACAGUGGCUAGCGUGAUGGUGGCAAGAGAAGGCAAGGCAGACAUGGCGAUGUCCAACAUAGUGGGGUCCAACGUGUUCGACAUGCUGUGCCUGGGGCUUCCCUGGUUCAUAAAGACUGUGUUUGUGGACACGUCAUCCCCUGUGGAGGUGAACAGCACGGGGUUGAUCUACACCGCCUGCACCCUCCUCCUCUCCAUCGUCUUCCUCUUCGUGGCCGUGCACCUGAACGGGUGGAGGCUGGACUGGAAGCUGGGCGUGUCGAGCCUGGUCCUCUACCUGCUCUUCGCCACCCUGUCCAUCCUGUACGAGCUGGGGAUCAUCGGCAACAACCCCAUACGGGCCUGCGGCGACUAAGCCCCGCCCAGGUCGGAGCUGCGUUCGGGAAACCGCGGUCACGCCGACGAACUUCAUCUGGCCUUAUCUCCGACACGCCCACCUCUCCUCAGCACGCUAAUGACCGUUUACAACCCACACUGGGCCUUCGGAAGAGGCCAGAGCAGGAAGAGCCGCAGGACUGGGGGCAAUAAAGUAAAACAUGAAAACUUUCCACCUGCCUCUGUGACUUGCAGAAAUUCUGCGAUGCUUAUUUAACAGCCCCGUACAGGGCUCAUCCAAGCUCCUGCUCAUAGCAGGAAGAACAAUAUCAUCGGUCGGUCAGCGCUGCCAAGAGAAGCGUCCACAUCAGAGUCAUUUAGGAAACGUACCCCUCACUUAGCGGUUAUUUCCACAUUUGGUCACUUUUUUUCCCCUCCCCAGUUUCACAGACCCUUUCACACGGUCUGAAAACAAACAGGUUGCUACGUAUGACCCAUUCUCAUUCUGUAACUAAGCAGUAAAUAAUGGUCUUCAUUUUGGUUUAUGGAAGAGAAUAAAAAAAUUCUGAUGUAAUCAAUUUUUAUAUGAAAAUUGUUUUUACUAUUAAAGACAAAUAUGAGCAUA